ACUCACAUCAACAUAUUCAAUACAUUUUUCUAGUAAUGUAGAACAACUUUACAGUAUUCUCCAAAACGAAACUCUAAUUCAAAAUUUACAAGCAGAUAAGCCAAAGAUAAUAGAACAACAAAACGCCAAAUUCUAGUUAAGCACACAAUCUCAACGUGCACUAAAAACGAGUGGUGUAAGUGAAAAAUAUCGUCGAUUAUAAACAUUAUGGGACCAGUAGCAUUUGUUGCACCAAUCGAAAACAGACAAGCACACAUAUCUCCUCAUUUCUCAUCUGGCUUCUUAAUCAUUUCUCAUAACCCCACCUCAUUAUAAAUACCACCCUUUGCGUCACACAUAUAAACAUCACAAACUAAACAAUAAACCAUACCAUAAAAAACAUGAAAAUCCUCUCACUUUCACUUCUCUUGCUCUUGGCCGCUACGGUCUCGGCAUCCGUUCCAGGGCUCAUCGAACUCGUCGAUUCGAAAACCAUCUUUGGGAACGUAGCCGAACUCUUAGAGAAAGAGAAACUUUCCAUCAACUACGCCAACUGCAGAAGCUGGCACCUUGGUGUUGAGACCUCUAACAUCAUAGACUUCGACACGGUGCCCGCAAAUUGCAAAGACUAUGUUGAAGACUACUUGAUCACUUCCAAACAGUACCAAUACGACUCCAAAACCGUGUGCAAAGAGGCUUAUUUCUAUGCCAAAGGACUUGCCCUAAAGAACGACACCGUCAAUGUUUGGAUCUUUGACCUAGAUGAUACCCUCCUCUCUAGUAUUCCCUACUACGCAAAAUAUGGAUACGGAACAGAGAAGACCGACCCGGGGGCGUACUGGUUGUGGUUAGGGACCGGAGCAUCAACCCCUGGACUCCCGGAGGCCUUGCAUCUUUACCAAAACAUCAUAGAGCUCGGGAUUGAACCCAUCAUACUCAGUGACCGUUGGAAGUUGUGGAAGAAUGUCACUCUCGACAAUCUCGAAGCUGCUGGCGUGACCUACUGGAAGCAUCUCAUAUUGAAGUAAGAAUAUUCAAGUAGUUAGUUAUAUAGUAAUUAAAUAAAUUAUAAGUAUCAUAUAUGUGAUUGAAUCAAGGACUAAAUAUGGAAAUGUAGGCCUAAUGGUUCGAACUUGAGGCAAGUGGUGUACAAGUCAAAGGUGAGGAAGAGUCUCGUGAAGAAAGGAUACAACAUCGUUGGCAAUAUCGGAGAUCAAUGGGCUGAUUUGGUUGAGGAUACCCCUGGGAGGGUUUUUAAGCUCCCAAAUCCACUCUACUACGUACCUUCUUAAGAAUCUAUCUUCAUCGCAUUGUCCCCUUGUAUACACUUCAUAUCUAUGUCGUUUCGUUUAUCUUUGUAGCCGUUUUGGCACCGCUGCAUAAAUAAAAUGUCUAUCCUAUCGUAACUUAAUAAGUACAAAGACUUCGUACUAAAUGUUGUUUUUCUUUAAAGGGGUCAUUAAUUAAGUGGCCAUGAAAUGAUAUUCACCAUGUAAAUCUAAUACAAUGAAAAGUAUAAAUUUGAACUG